GAUAUAAGGCGAGCUCGGGGGACUGCCCAGUGCUCUGGGUGUCCGGCACUGCCGUCCCUCUCACGCCACUGAGAACUGGCUCUUUCCAAAUGUGUGUUUUUUGAAGAAACCUUAGAACUACGUUUAUUUUUCAAAACUACCUGGAAUAAACAGCAAGAUUCCUGCUCACGGCCUCCCUGGAGCUCUCUCUCGGUCGUACAACCAUGGCAUCAGUACCUUCCAUAGGGUGCCUUCUGGCCAGAAAUCAGUAUUAUCGAAAGUCCAGUAUCUCUUCCGUUAGUUCUUUAACGGGCUCCGAUUCCGCUAAUUUUAUCGAGGAUGACAAGUCCCAUCCAGGGUUACCUGAAGUGGCAGAAUCUACCUGGUGGUUUAAAUCCUUUUUCCAUUCUGAACCGGUCCUUUCAGAUGUGAGAAUAAAAGAUCUGCCUCCUAGUGGUGACUGUCUCAUCCAGGUCGCAUAGUUAACUCCGACCACGGGCGGGCUCUACCUGCUGCCGAGGUGCUCUGCAGGAGCCCCGUCCUUCAGCACCGCUAUCGAGGGUCUUCCAUGUACCGUCUGCCUGACCUCUCAUCUCCGAGGCGGAUCUCAGCAGCCACUACAGCCAGGUUGAGGCACUUCCUCCACGAUAAGGCUCACUUCAAGUCACAGCUAUACGGAGAACACCUGAAAACAUGCUUUCAGAAACAUGUAAAAGGGCACUUUACUCCUCACUUUAAAGUAAUAAAAGGGCACAUGUUGAAAGUGAAACCAAUCCUUUCACUAGCUAUACUAGUUUAUCAAACAAUUUGUUCGACUUUUUCUAUGUCUUUUGAGUGAUUUAUUAUGCUGUAAACUGAAGCAUAGCUGUGUCACAUAAUUGCCUAAAGGACACUGGAUAAAGAACUAAAAGUCCCAAAAUUUACAUUUAUUUAUAAAAGCUGAACAUAGUGACUAUACCCUUAAAUAUGUUAUGUAUUAAAUGCAGUACCACACAGCUAACCAGUUAGUUAUUGUAUAGACUUUAACAUUUAUUAUUUUAAAUAAUAUUUAACAAUGUGGAAAAUGAUGAUACGACAUGAGUGAAAGAAGCAGGAUUAUUUAUGAUGUAAUUUUAGUGAUAUUAAAAAAUUAUGUAUACAGAUGAAGAGAUUAGAAGACACUAUAUCAAGGUGUUAGCCGUAGCUGUGUCUCGGGAGGGAUCAGGGGUGAUUUUAAUUUUCUUUGUUACAUCUUUUCUGUAUUUCACAUUUUCUAACAUGACAAGCUUUUGUGUAUAAGUAGGAAAUAAUAAAUGUCGAUUUAAAAAGGAAUACUGGAA